GCGUUUGUUUUGAUGCUCAUGGCGGGUGAAAAUUGAAUGAGAGAGAAACGAGUUAACUUGAUAGUGACAUGGAGAACGAAAGUGCAGAGUUUGAUUCCACUGCUGUUAUCAGCAUGCUGGAUGAACUUCGAACAUUGUCUUAUGGCAGGAGGUAUUCGACAUCCAUUCUUCUAUCGCCUGGCGAGACAUCGGAAACUGGUCAGAUGACUAUGGAUUUGACAACUGAAUCUGAGCACGCUUUUAGUGACCCAUCAUCGGCAUCCGACGUACAGAACACUCAGCGUGACCCUUCUGCAAGUGGUGUGUCUACCAGAAAAACAUCAGUUCGUAAAUCAGAACCGCUGUCUGUCACUAGAAUGCUGAAUGAUUUCAGGCCUCUCUCAACAACCCAAAAAAAAUAUCCCCAGAAGUUAAAUUUGAAGGACAUGUCCCUUGCGAAAAGGAAGUUAAUACCAUGUGAAGAACUUUCACCAUCACCAGGGAAGAAAUACAGGGAUGAAACGUCUCCGACUGUACCCAAAGAGUCUCCAUGGGAAAGCAGACGCAUCAGAGCAGAUUUAGCAGUAGCGAAAGCUCAAAUUACUGAUUUAGAAACAACUAUUAAAAGACUGCAUGUUUUACGAAAGGAAAUGGAAACAACAUUUGAAAGUGAGAAACAGUUGUUGCAAACACAACAAGCAACUGAUAGAUGCAAGAUUCUAGAACUGGAAAAUCACCUUGAAGCCAUUCGAAUGCGGGAAGAAGAAGCCAUGGAAGAGUACUCAGAAUAUAAAAAGAGCAUGAAUACUAAGGUGAAUAAUUUAGAGAGAAGUAAUAAUUCUCUGAAGAGUGAAAACAAAGAACUAAAGGAUAAGAUACAAGAGUUUGAAUUUGAUGUACAAGCCAAUAUUAAAGCUAAUGAGCGACAAAUGAUGCAGCUGAAGCAUGAACUGAAAAAUACAAAACAGCAAAUUGCUGAUAUGUCAGAGAGAAAUACCAGUUUAGAGGAGAAACUGCAAGAGUUCAAAAAUAUGCAAAAUAAACUAAAAAAUGCAGAAGAUAAUUUGCAGCUUGCUAAUAGUAAAAUAAAGGAUUUACAAAGGGAGCAGGAAUCAUAUCAAGAGACACUAGCAUAUGCAAAGUCUCAAGAACAGAAACUACUAGCAUUUCCAAGCUUAGAGAAAGAAGCAUCCUCGUUAAAGGAGGAAAACAAGCGACUGAGGAAUGCUGUGCAAAACAAGUUACUGCUGGAGGAGAUGGUAGCAGAUCUAAAGCAGCGACAAGAGCGAGCAGAUGAACGGGAGCGAGAGUUGGUUCGCGUUCAGGCCAGUUGUGAGACCCUGCAACACCGUCUUCAGGAGUGGGAGGCUCUAGGGCAAGAGGUCUGUGGGCCUGCAGAAAGUGAGUCAUCUGCUUCCGCUACUACUCCAAUGGCUGAGAAGGUUCGCUCUGUGGUUCAGGCGUUGCAACAGCGGGAGCUGUCUUUGAAGUCAGAGAAUGGAUCACUGAGCACAGAAUUGAAGGCUUUACAACUGAAAUUUGAUUCUGUUGUAUCGGAGCUAGAUAAGAUAAAAGCAGAUACUGCCAAGAACCAGACAGAAGCUGAGCAACAAACAUUACUGAUUCGAAGACUACAGAAGAAACUACUUCUUGUUUCUGGGGAAAGGGACAGUUACAGAUCACAGCUGGAUAGUUAUGAAAAUGAACUUACCUUUUGUGCAUCUCCUUCAACAAUGUCUCGGACCCAACAACAGGCAAACAGAAUAGAAGUACUACAAAAGACUCUUGAUGGCUACAAAGACCUUGUAGAAAGAUUAGAAGCAGAAGUGGCAAAUUUUCAGGAUGGGGGAGGUGGUGGGCAACUUUCAGUCAAAUUGCAAAAACUUGAAAGUGAAUGUGAAUCUUUGAAGAAGGAAAAAGAAGCUCUACAGAAACGGAGAGAUGAGCUUGAAAUAGAACUUGAAUACAGAGCUCUUAAGGGUGACUUCAAUCCAAUGACAACAAAGGUGUUGCAUUUAAGGUCAAAUCCAUCAGAUGAAAUGCAUAACAAGAGAACAGAGGAGCUGUCUAAUCUCCAGGUUGAAUGUGAACGUUUGCGGGAAAGAGUAAGAGUUUUAGAGGCGGGCCAGGCAGUCAACGUUACACAAAUUGUUGAAGAAAAUGUGGCUGGGAGCAAGGAAGUGAAAGAACUCCGUGAGCAGUUGACGUCUUAUCAGCUCAAAAUGCAGCGAAUGAAAGAGGCAUUUACAUCUUCCGGCCAGGAAUUUCGUGAAGCUUGUUAUGUACUUUUGGGUUAUAAGAUAGAUCGCAUUCAACAGAAUCACUACCGUCUGGCGAGCAUGUAUGCGGAUUCACAAGAUGAUCACCUCAUGUUUAAGAUGAAAUCUGAUGACAGCCUUGACCUGUUGGAGACAGCCUUUUCUUCAUCUCUACCAGAUUUUAUUCAGGAAAACCUCCAUAUUCAUCAUUCUGUGCCGCUAUAUUUGAGUGGCAUUACUCAGUAUUUAUUCAAUCGACAGACAUUGAUGACAACGACAUCAUGAUGGUGUUGACUGCAGCUGCCUCAGUGUAAAUGCAUGAGUAAACAUGUUGUUCAACUCUCAUGUUAACAUGAUUGAAAUCAUAGCUGAGAGAGCUACUGUGAAACUGAAAGUAAAAAAAGGAGAGGAGGAGCUUAUUGGAUAAAGUACAUUGCACUUUCAGUUUAAGAAUUUAUAUAAGAAGACCAAGGGUUAAUAUACGUGAUCAUACUUGGUGAUUGUAGAAACAAUCCAUUUAAGUUCCCAUAAUCUUCUUCUUCCAAAACUUGACUGAGAAAUUAAAAAUGUCAGUUUGGGCUCCCCUCUUAAGUGAUACUUCAGCUUCACUUAUGGUCUCAUUAGUGUGUCAAAGGUGACCUUCCUUUGUGCCUGUUUUGAUAUUCCAAAAAUUGUAAUGAAUGUUUUUGUACAUACAGACAAUUGCUGCAGUUGUCAUAAUAUAUUGAUUUUUAUUGUAUCUUUUAGUCUUUUUCCAUGCUCUUUCCCCAACUUUAUAUUCCUGUCAAAACUUCCUACCAAUUAUAGAAUAUCAUUCAAAGAGAUAUGACAUAAUGAACUUGUAAUUAUAUACAUUUUAACAAAAUGAUGGUGUUUUUAAAUAUUAUUUUAUAAAUGAAAGUACAUAGUGGUAAUCAUUAUUAACUGAUGAAUUUCUACUAAGUAUUACUUAGCAAACAUUUAUCUCAGGUCACCUGUUUUCUUUUUUGAAGAAUUAAAAAUAUUAUUACCUACAUUAAAAAACAUUAUCACAGUAUCAUAUGCAGAAUUUCUAAGCUA